AUGUCAUUCAUAUCGCCGCCCGGAUCCACCGAGGAGUUGCAUAACAGACUCCAAGGCGAGCCGCACUGGGGAUACACUAUCUACUGCACUAUCUUCUCUGCCCAGGCAGACACUGCAUUUCCUACUAUUCUCCGCUAUCUCGACGCCUGCGUUAAGAAAUCGCUCUUUUCCGAGUGCGCCUACUACAGCGAGAAGUCCCCCGGCGUAAAUCCCGCCAUCUAUCAGAAUAUCUGGGCUAGAUAUCAGUCCACCGUCGUUGAAGAUGCGGCGCAGUUCGCGAGGGCCUCGAUAGAGUCAGUUCGGGAUCACUUUGAGGCCGUUGUGGAAGGACAGGGCCGACGCGACUUCUUCAACUCAGAUCGCAUGUGCAUUGUCAUCGACGAGGAGUCCCUGCUCACGCUGCUGGAUGCAUCGGUGGAGGCCCUGGAGGCGGAGGGGCCUGACCACGUCCUCGAAACGACGCGGUUCGUGAAGGUGCUCGAGGCGUGGCCAAUACUGGACCAGUACGACAGUUUCCCGGGGUGGAUGAAGUGUUCGCCCCGGGCCCUGUGGGAUCUCUGGAAGAUGAUAGGCGAUGGCGAGGAGAUGAGGAAUUCGUGGGAAGAUAUCCAUGAAAUGCACGGGGGGGUGUAUUGUGGGCCGUGA